CUUUUAUGUAUGAAAUAAAUCGUAUUGAAAAAAAAAUAUUUAUCUUGUUUGCAGGCCCCACAAAUGAAAAUAACUUGUACUUAUAGCAUGUUUAAAAAAAAAAAACGAGAGGCCUUGAGUUACAAAGAACAACAAUUUAAAUUAAAUUUAAGGCCUCAGUCUCUCACAUAUCCAUCACCAGGAAUAAAAAAGAAGAAGAAACUAGAUUCUCUCAUUCUCUCAUUCUCUGUCUCUCUCUGUCUUCUCUUUUGGUUUUAUCUUUCUCAGAUGAACAAAGUCACAGCUAGAAGCUCUCAAGAAAUGUCUUCCAAGAGGCACCACUUUCAUUGGACAAAUAAGGUUGGGACUGAGGAUGGCGAAGUUCCCACUUCAGAAUCAUUCUCAACACUCAUCAAAGAGGAGAAAAAACAUGAAGACAAGGUUUCUAUUGUUGCUGCUGCUGCCGAGGCAACAAAAGCACCAGCAUCUCAUGUAACAAGGAAGAAGAAGCUGCAAGCAGUGGCAGUCUCAAGAAUCCGGUCUGUGCUCACCGUGUUCAACAGCAACAGCAACAACAACCGAUCCUCGAACUCAUCUUUAGGCCUCGGCUCGCGCGUGGUCGGAACCUUAUUCGGCUAUCGACGAGGGCACGUGCACUUUGCAUUCCAGAAGGACCCCACUUCCCAGCCAGCCUUCCUCAUAGAGCUGGCUACGCCAAUAAGUGUUCUUGUUCGCGAGAUGGCGUCCGGGUUGGUCAGAAUUGCCCUUGAAUGUGACAAGGAGAAAGAAACAGAGAAGAAACAUGUGAGGCUGCUUGAAGAGCCUCUGUGGAGGACUUACUGCAAUGGCAAGAAGUGUGGCUUUGCCACCAGAAGAGAGUGUGGACCAAAGGAUUGGGAUGUUCUCAAAGCAGUUGAACCAAUUUCAAUGGGUGCUGGUGUUUUGCCAGGAAAUAAUAGUAAUAAUAAUAAUAAUAGUGGAGCUGAAGCAGUAGGGUCAGAGGGUGAAAUCAUGUACAUGAGGGCAAAGUUUGAGAGAAUUGUUGGGUCCAGAGACUCUGAAGCUUUCUACAUGAUGAAUCCUGAUAGCAAUGGUGCUCCUGAACUCAGUGUUUACUUGCUUAGAGUCUAGCAACCUUGCAAGCUUGCAAGAUCUCUGUUUAUUAUACUUAAUUUUCCUCUUUGUUUUGGGUUAUUGGUAUACUACUUGCUUAGCUCUUCAAUCAUGAACAUGGUUGAUCUAGUCUUCUCCAGAUUUUUCUUUUUUUCAUGUAGUAUAUUAAGUGGGUUUACUUUUUUUUUUGUUAGAAUAGGUGAGUAGGCUAAGUAAGGAAGACGGGGGGAGAUAGUGGGUAACCAAUACUUUACAGCAUUGUGGUGUGUGGGGGGUGGGUCAUGAAAGGUGUAUAUGUGUAAUUUUUUUCCCUUUCCAAUCCUUUUAAUUAAUGAUAUGAGGGAUGGAGGUUAAUGCAAGUCAUCAUUGUCUUGGCAUUUUUAGUUGGUUGAAA